UCAUCCGUUCAUUUCAGAGGAUUCUCAGCUUUGUGGGAGCAGCAUGUUUCCCCUGGAAAACUGUUGUGUUUGCCAGGAUUGGUUAUGAAUCCAAAGUUGAUCUGUUCAUUUCUGCGCCAGAAAAUUCUCUCAUUUUGAGCAGUGGGAGCAGGAUGGAAAGGUGAAAGUUGGAUUGUGUGAAUCAGUCGUUUUUUAACACAAACCACUGACUCAAACGGCGAUGUGAGGGACAAGCAAGCGGGUGGUAUUUUAAAGCGAGUUUGCAAACAAAACUCAAGACAACGGAGUCCAGCUGAAAGGAUGCACACAGUUUGGAUAUUUCUCCUAUUUGUAGAGGAGGGAUUUUCUCUUGCACAAAAGAUUAAAGAUGGAGGUGCAGGAUCAAAAGUAGAUCAACCAUCUGAGCAACCACAGAAUUCUCGUCAUUGUGGAACCUGGGUUCGUAGAGUAGAUGGCGGCAGCUUCCAUUCCCCAAACUACCCAAAUACGUACCCUCCAAACAAGGAGUGUCUAUUCAUACUGGAAGCCCUCCCUCGCCAGAGGAUAGAGCUGCUGUUCAACAAAAUCUUCCACAUCGAAACCUCGUUUGAGUGUCGUUUUGACCACAUUGAGGUGCGGGAUGGUCCCUUCAGUUUCUCACCUCUCAUCAGUCGUUACUGUGGGGCAGACAGUCCUGGCCUCGUCCUCUCCAGCGGGCGUUUUAUGUGGAUCCGAUUCUACAGUGAUGAAGAGCUGGAGGGGAAAGGCUUCCAGGUCCAAUACAAAUUUACUGCAGACCCUGAAUUUCAUCUGCAUACAGGAGGACUUUUAAACCCCAUCCCAGACUGUCAGUUUGAACUGUCGGGGAACGAUGGCUUGAUUCGCUCCAGUCAGGUGGAGGAGGAGAACAAGGUGAAGCCAGAACAGGCAGUGGACUGCAUCUGGACUAUACGAGCCCCAGAAAAAAAAAGGAUUUACCUGAGAUUCUUGGAAUACCAGAUGGAAAACUCAAAUGAAUGCAAAAAGAACUUUGUGGCUGUUUAUGACGGCAGUAGUGCCAUUGAGGACUUAAAGGCCAAGUUUUGUAGUACGGUUGCUAAUGAUAUGAUGCUGGAUACCAGUUUCGGAGUUGUGAGGAUGUGGGCUGAUGAGACAAGCCGCCUCAGCCGUUUUCGGAUGCUGUUUACAAUUUUCACAGACCCUCCUUGUAUAGGCAGUGCAUUCUUUUGCCACAGUAAUAUGUGCAUCAACAAUUCUCUGGUGUGCAACGGCAUACAAAACUGUAUCUUCCCCUGGGACGAAAGCAACUGCAAAGAGAAAAAGACCAAAGAUGUUUUUCCCCAAAUCACAAAAACUCAGGGUACAAUUAUCUGUGUGUCCACGGGGGUGGUGCUGUUACUCCUCAUUUUCUCCAUUAUUGUGCAAGUCAAGCAACCACGUAAAAAGGUGGUUAUACGUAAGAACAAGCUGUUCCAGCGUGCUGACCUCCAGAAGGUGUUUGACCCCCCACACUACGAGCUCCUUGCCCUCAGAGACAAGGAGCUGACUGGGGAGCGCAGGGAGUUAUCAGAGGAGCUCCAUUCCCUACAUGCGCUGAGGAGAUUGUCAUCCGGCUCACGCUGCAUUCAUGAACACCACUGUGGCUCUCAGGCCUCUGUCAACUCCAUCCAAGCCAGUCAUAGUGCAUAUGUUUUGGGCAAGGGAUCCAUGGAGCUUCCUCCUCUUAGAGAAGACUGCCACACCACCAUACCUCCUUUCAGGGACUUGAACAGCAGUUUACGGAAGAAAAGCUGGCCUAGUAUGAAACAGAGUCAUCCUUGUAUGGGGGAUAGAGUACUGUGGCGGCAGGAUAGAGUUAUGGAGGAGAAUGAAGAGGAGGUGGAAGAUGGAAGGUAUGACCGGUAUGUGCGAAGAGCAGGGAGUCGAAGAGGCAAUUUUCAAAUUGCUCAACAAAGAUCUUUGUCCAUGGACUUUUAAAAAGAAACAGCAAAGCUGACAUAAAUCUGCAAAAAGUAGAUUUAAAAAAAAAAAGAAAGACAAGCAUAUUCAAUGUCAUUUGUCACUUUCUUUAUUUGCCUCCUUUUUAGUGAAGUUUAAAAUAACAGGACUUUGUCAAAAAUCAUGGCUACAUGAUCUCACAGGAUCUCAAGACAUUCAAGAACUGCCGGAUCCACCCAGACACUAAAACAGCCACAAGAGAGCUGCUGUCACAUUUACGACAACAGUGUAGAAGUAAAGACACGUGAUGGUGCUUUUGUUUUGUCCUUGUGUUGAUGUAAUUUGUCAAAUACAUUUUGCUAUAAAGCAAAUAGACUGUAUUGAGCUGUAUUUAAAUCAUUCUUUGGGCUCUAAGAAGUGAUUAAAAUAGUGUUAUCUCAAUGGAAAAUGAUCCAUUAAUAUUUAAAAUAAACAUCUAAAAUCCUCACUGCAUUAUGAGCCACUUUUGACUUCCGAGAAGGCAAGUGUUCUGAUCUGAAAACAGGUGUGUCUCACAGGUAUGCUGGCUGGAAU